AUGGACGGCAAUAUCGGCGAUCAAUCGGACAAUUUACUACGGCCACGAGCUUGCGAGCGCUGUGCUCGUUCCAAAGCAAAAUGCGUUUGGACAGAUCGGGAGAAAGACGGGAUGAAAAUGUUUCAAGGGGCAUCUUACAUGCAUCGCCCCUCCACCUGGAACAAGAAAGGCGCGAGGGAAAUCGACUUAGAAGGCAUUAUGUCACUUCUUGGUGAGCAUAAGGAUUUGUUGCAACAUGUGAACAAAACCUCCGGCCCCUCCGGUUCUCAACCCCAGGCCGCCGCUCCUCGACCGCCAACCAGCGACUGGAAUAUCCCAAGGUUGGAGAACCAUCGUAUUCCGGUAACCCAGCCAACGUUGCCGUCGUCGUUCACACAACAACUCAACUCUAGAGAGACACAGAAGUUUGAGAUUGUAUCUGGGUACGAGAUGUCAUUUGACGAGGCCGAUCAGGUGCUCCAAGAGUACAUGAUAAUGAUGCUUCCCCAAUUUCCGUUUGUUCCGCUGGAGACGACCGACGUAUUUCAGUUAUCGCGGGAGAAGCCGCUGCUGCUGAAAACGCUAUUGUUUGUUUGUCGUCCUUCUGACUCGCAAUCAAGAACGAAUUUCGAUGAAUGGUUUAGACAACAUAUUGCCCACCAGAUCGUGGUGCUGAACAGGAAGAGUAUUGAACUAAUACAAGCAAUCAUGAUUUUUCUUGCUUGGAGAGAUUUCCGACACUUCAUUGAUGGCCUUCACACAAGUCUGAUGCAGCUUGCGGUAGGCCUCAUCGGCGAAAUGAGGCUAGACAGAUGCCCUCAGUUGCCCAAAAAGCUGAUAAACUCGAUAGUCGAGGACGUGGAGAUGCUAGGCUUCGACGUUCCAGUGCAAGAAGGGCCUCUCAACAUCGGCAGAAGGACGGCGCUUGGAAUAUUCUAUAUUGCAACCUCGGCUUCACUUCUCCUAAGCAAAUCGUCUUGCAUGAGAUACAACGAGACCUUCGAAAGAUUUUGCCAAGUACUGCUUCACGAUCGAGAAUAUCCCACAGAUGCGCUUCUUGUUCAACUCGUCAAGAUUCAAAUAGUAGCCUCAAAGUUGAUCACUUCAUAUACAAAUUCUGCCGGGGAUGGAAUCUACGAGCUUAGUUUUCACUCGAUGACUACUUCGUUAGUUCGUAAAGAACUGGACGAUUUCACAUCUCAGUUACAGCCAGAACUUGUAUCCAAUCAUCUCAUACGAAGCCAUAAACAGGCCAUCUUGGUUCGAUUAUAUGAACCUGCGAUCCAUUCGGAACCUCUGAAAUGGCCAUAUGCAUCAUUGUCAAGAACUGAAGGAAUUUGGAAUUGUUUUCAAAACGCUAUAACACUAUGUUUUAGUUUCAUGGAGACACCGCACGACGUCAUCUCCUGCCUUACUUUUCCAUACACUGCUCAUCUAACUAUGGGCCUCAUUAAGAUUAUCAAGCUUCUUCGAAUUACAGGUGAUCGCGAUUGGGACGCGAGGGUGGCGGAAAAGGAAGUCAAUAUUGAGGACCUAAUACAGCGGCUCAGUGAUUUUUUCAGAGCCGGCAGCUUGGUCAUGGGGCCGAGACGAAGAAUCAUCGACCAAAGCCAAGACAUUCUGGCCCAGUACGCGGAUAGGCUGGGAAUGCUGAAAAUGUGGUGUUCUUUAUAUUUAAGCGGGAACGCCAUGAACCCGGUUGGGUCUGGGGAACAGAUGACUGACAGCAAUAUAAACUUUGGAUUGGAGGGAAAUUUGGCCUUCUGGCAGAUGUUUGUGGAUGGGACUUCUUGA